UGCUACAUCUUUCUUGCUGGAGGGUUUGCCGCCAGUAGAAUCCUUGAUAUCUAUGAGUCAUCGUGUUUUUUUAUUUUUAUUUUUUAAAUGUGUAGAUUUGGCAAGUUCACCACAGACAUUGCAAUAGGCUUUUGCUUCCAAAUAUGUGAUCGUGCUUCAGAAAUGCCAACUUUUGUGAAUGCAAAGACCUAGAAUUACACUCGAUAGACUGGAAUUAUGACAUGCUUCAUUACACUCAUUUCAAAUUAUGAUUGAAAUAUGCACACUUCACAAUCUUUUACGGUCACUAACUUACAUUUGUACAAAUUUUGGACAGAUUAUUCCGAGUACUUUGCUGCUAGCUCGAUUUGUUCUCGGGAAAAAUGGGUAUGACUCAUCUUCUUAGCAUUAAAGUUUGUUUUCACUUUAUCUGCCUUCUUUAAAUGAUUAGAAAUUUUCUUUUAAAAAUUUGUAGAGGCUACAGGGGAUAAUAUCAUUGUGCAUAAUGUCGAUAAAGAAUUUGAAUUUAGAAUUGGCAUGAUAUUUGCUAACGGGGACGAAGCAUGUAAGACAUACACUGCAUAUGCAAUUUCCAAGAGGUUUGGAGUGAGAAGAGGACAAAAGGCAAACAAUAGAAAAGGAAUAUCGCGAACAUGCACAUUUCUUUGUAAUUGUGAAGGACACUCUCUACCAAUCCUACCUCAUGAACAAAGAUAUGUUUAUAGGACAGUAAAGAGAACUGGAUGUCAAGCUUGCAUAAGAUUCAAAAUUGAAAAUGGAGUUUGGAUGGUCGACAAGUUUAAGGAUGAUCAUAAUCAUCCUUUCAUUGACGAUAAUCAGAAACACUUAAUAAGAUCAUACAGGCACAUGACAGAUACUAAUAAAAGCAUUUUGACUUCUAUGGCUGGAGCUAGUAUAAGGGCUACGAAAGUGUACUCCUACCUAAGUGGUGAAGCGGGAGGACAAGAGAAUAUUGGCUUCACUUUACGUGAUUGUCAAAAUUUCUUACAAUCGAAGAGAAGGGAUUUGAUUAGUACGGGUGAUUGUCAAAGUCUCAUUAACCAUUUUAAUUACUUACAAUCAAAUGGAAGCAAUUUUUCAUAUACAUUUCAACUGGAUGAGGAACAAAGAUUGACCAAUUUUUUUUGGUCUGAUGGUGUAUCCAAGCUAGACUAUGAAAGUUUUGGAGAUGUGGUGGUAUUUGAUACAACUUACCGUAUAAAUAAGUACAAUAUGAUAUGUGCACCUUUCGUUGGCUUGAAUCAUCAUUGGAAGAAUGUUCUCUUUGGUUGUGCAUUUUUAUUGGAUGAAACUAUUGCUUCUUUUGUUUGGGCAUUUCAAUCCUUUUUAGAGGCAAUGGGUAAUAAAGCACCCAAGACUAUUUUCACCGAUCAAGAUCAAGCCAUGGCGAAUGCCAUUAAGACUGUUCUUCCGAAUACUAAUCAUUGUUUAUGUGUAUGGCACAUUGCGAAAAAUGCUACGCAUCAUAUUGGGCAUCUUCUUAGAAAUCCGAGUUUUCGUGAUAACUAUUGGCAUGAGUUUUUGUAUCGUUGUGAAUAUGAAUUUGAAAUGGAGAAUGUUUGGAAAGCUAUGUGUCAAGAAUGGAGCUUGGGGGAUCACAAGUGGUUAAAUAACAUGUACCAGCUACAUCAUAAAUGGUGUCCUGCAUUUGGCCAAGAUAUUUUUUCUGCAGGAAUUAGAUCCACACAAAGAAGUGAGAGCACAAAUAACGUCUUUCAAGAUAUGGCAUGCAAGACCAUGACUUUGUCUGAAUUUGUCAAUCAUUAUGAGAAGCAAGCAGAAAAAAUGUGCAACUUUGAAGUUGUUGAUGAUUUUGAGUGUGCUCGAGGAGAGCCGCGGAUUAUGGUUGAAAAUAGUGGAAUUUUGAAACAUGUUGCAAAUUUAUACACUCAUGUCAUUUAUCGAAAAUUCCAGGAUGAGUUCUUGCAUGCUUUGUCUGUGGGUGUUUGUAGAUCGGAAAUUGAUGAGCCAGUGCACACUUAUAUCGUGGCAACUGAAAGUAGUGAAAGGAGGCAUGUUGUUUGUUUUAGUUCAAGUGAUUUAACCAUUACAUGUAGUUGCAAGUUAUUUGAAAUGCGAAGAUGGUUGUGUAGGCAUACUUUAUGCAUCUUGAGACAUGUAAAUGUUACGAGCAUUCCUUCACAAUACAUUCUGAAGAGGUGGACAAAAGCUGCAAAACAAGGGACUUAUUGUGAUGUUGGACAAAGCUCUCAUGCUGUGGUAAAGUCAAAAACAUUAUGCUUGAAGAGAUUGAUGCAAUUGGCUUUCAGUGUCAUGAAUAUUAGUGCAAACGAUGAUGUUUCGGAGGAGCUCGCAACUACAACCUUGCUGCGUCUUCGCUCCCAUAUCACAAACAAAAUGCAAUCUUCGACAGGUAAUGAUCAUAUUAAUUUCUUGGUGGAAAGAGAUGAAGCUAAAGAUGUAGAAAACUAUGAAAUUCAAAUACUUGAUCCCCUUCGGAGAAGACCAAAAGGUGUACCAAACACUCGGUUGAAGGGCGCUAGUGAAAAGCGAAAGAGAAAACCAUCUUCAUGCGCAGGAGGCACCUCACACAAGGAUUGACCUUCGGCGAUCAUUCACUACGAUGGGUAGAUAGCGAAUUUGGUGACUGGUUAUCCUCCAGUUCUGAUUAAAAGCAUUAACAGCUCUUUAAAACCUCGGAUUAGGUUUUUGAUUGAUAUAAUGGGGAGACAACUCGAUGAAGCUGCUGAUUAUCCCGACUUCUUUCCCCAUAGUUUGAAAAAAGACUUGAGCAACGUUACAAAUUUUUUAGCCAAAGGAACAUCGGCUGUAGCAUGAGCGAGAUGCUGGAUUGUGAUCAAAAGAAGUUAUUAUUUAAGUUCGGUUUGAAUGGAGGAUUCACCUGAGUUAAUAGUUACAUCUUUUGUUCAUUCUUACAAAUUUUUUGUAGAAUAGCUUUAGCUGUUAUUCUGUAUCCCUGAUGCUUGAGGUGAAGUCAUCUUGUAUGUGGUUCUAGUCAAACAAUUUAGAUGCCGAGUGAAAUGAUCCUUUUGGCAAAUUCAGCCCAAAAUUUGUGUUGUUUUCUCCAUAUGUGAGAUGAAAUGAAUGCUCAUUUGAAUGCAUUGGUACACUUUGAAGCUCACGGAUCCAUUGGCUAGCCAAGCCAAGUGAAUGCGAUUGCCAAGUCUAUAAUUCUA